GUUCUGGUCCGAAAGGGCGUGGGUUCAAAUCCCACUCUCAACACAGACGACAAUUUUUUUGCCAUUUUUAAACCCCCCAAAACAAAAUCCCCCCUUUCCCACUUAAUUUUCUUGGCACUUGAAAACUCCAGCAAACCCGCCCAUUUCACCAUCUCCCUCCACCAAAUCCCUUUUGAAUUUUUCACAAAUGGAACAGUUCAGAGGUUAAUCUCCGAACCACCGAAACCCAAUUUCAAAGCUUCGUCUUCGAAAUCGAGAAAGAUGGCUCAAGCAGCGAGACUCAAUCUCCGAAUGCAGAAGGAGCUCAAGUUACUCCUCUCCGACCCACCUCCCGGCGCUUCGUUUCCUUCUCUCUCCGCCGACUCCUCUUCCUCCUCCUCCGGCCCCUCACUUUCUUCCAUCGAAGCCCUGAUUGAAGGUCCAGAAGGGACAGUAUAUGCUAAAGGAUUCUUUAAGUUAAAGGUUCAAAUACCUGACAGUUACCCAUUUCAGCCGCCGAUUGUGACUUUUGCCACGCCUAUUUAUCAUCCAAACAUAGACACCGGAGGCCGCAUUUGCUUGGAUAUCCUCAACCUUCCUCCUAAGGUUUAAUUCAUCCAUUCAUAUUUGAUAUCUUUUUUAACUUUUGCCAUUCUCAUUAGAAAGUUCUUAAUUUUGGGCUUCAAUGCAUCCACUGUUAUUAGGGCUACCGAAUUUAUUCUUUGGUUUUUCUAGGGAAUGUAGAUACUGAUCACUUUUUGAGUACUAAUUUAGAACCAUAAUGGACAACCAUCAUAAGGGUGGAAAAUGUAAUGGCCGUGGUCAUGCAGUAUUGAACUAUACUGCGCUUGCUUACAUGGAGCAUGUUUGUUUACUGAUACUUGGCAGAAAAUUGUUGCCUGAAGGAGCUUUAUGCAGGGACUUUUAUGCCGGAUACUGUUUCUACAAUAAUUUGAGGAGUCGUAUCUGGGAAAGUGAAUUACUUUAGAGAUGAACUGUUUAGCUACUGCAUACAUGAUGUAGGAUGUUGCUAGACCAGCGGGAAAAAUGCACUGCUUUUGCAACGAUUGUUUUCUCUCUGCUUGAAUACGAUGGUUUCAACUUUGCAGGGCGCCUGGCAACCAUCUUUGAAUAUUUCAACUGUUUUAACUAGUAUUGGACUGCUGCUCAGUGAACCAAAUCCUGAUGACGGCCUAAUGCAUGAAGCUAGCCAAGAAUACAAAUACAACAAGCAAGUUUUUGACCAGAAGGCGAGAUCUAUGACUGAAAAGUAUGCUCGCAUUGGAUCAUGUGAAGUUGCUGGUGCUGGCAAAGAUUGUCAGACUAUUCUGAAUCCAGGCGUUGACUUGGUUGAGGCUACAGGGUCAGAUACAUCAAUGCAAGAAGGGAAUCAGUGCAUAGUUGGUAAUAAGAGAUCGUUUGGGAUAAGCAGGAAGUUGUCGCUAGAAUCUUCAGAAUUGGACAGGGAAAGGGAUGUCGGGAAGAAAGAAAAUGGGGUUCCCAAUGAGAAUCUAGCUGGUAAAGAGGAGGAAUUUAAAGGAUGCAAACAAGUGAAAAAUGGAAUGCCAAGCGAGCAAUUUCAGAGUCCAGAAGAGCUGCCCAGGAUCAGCAAGAAACUGACAUUAGAUCCUUUGCUUUCACUUCAUGUGAAAAAGGAUAAUGAUCAAGAAACUAUGAAAUGGAAGCAAGAGUUAAAUGAGAUGCCAAGCGAGCGGAUUCAAAGCCCCAAAAAGCUACCCAGAAUGAGCAAGAAACUUUCAUUAAAUCCUUCGGUUUCACUUCAUGUGGAAAAGGAUAAUGUGCAAGAAACUGUGAAAUGGAAGCAAGAGUCAAAUGAGACACUAAGUGAGCAAAUCCAUAGCCCCAAAAAGCUACUCAGGAUGAGUCAGAAACUUUCAGUAGAUGCUUCGGUUUCACUUCACGUGAAAAAGGAUAAUGUGGAAGAAAAUGUGAAAUGGAAGCAAGAGUCAAAUGAAAUGCCACGCAAGCAAAUUCAAAGCCCCAAAAAGUUGCCCAGGACAAGCAAGAAACUCUCAUUAGAUCCUUUGGUUUCAGUUCAUGUGAAAAGGGAUAAUGAGCAAGAAACUGUGAAACGGAAGCAAGAGUCAAAUGAAAUGCUAGGUGAGCAAUUUGAAAGCCAAAAUGGUCUGCCAAGGUGCAAGAAACUUUCACUAGAUCCUUUGGUUUCAUUUCAUCUGAAAAAGGAUAAUAAAAUAAACACUCUGGUUUCAAGCAAGGGGAUAUCCACCUCAAAAACAGAUUGUUCAUCAUCAUUACCUUUGGUGCAGGCUGGUUCCAUUUGUCAGCCGAGACCUGAUCAGUGUGAUGAAAGUUCAAAAUGUAAAAGCGUAUCUGUCAAGUUAGAGGAAUUGCUGCAGUCUCUUGACUCAAAAAAAGAGCCCAUGGAUGAUGAAAAUUUGCUUCCUGUUGCUCAGCAAUCUUCCACCCCAAUGCAUUCUCCUGGACCGGCUAAGAGUUUUCCUCUGUCCCAUGCUAUCAGCCAUCAAAGGAGAGAGAAUGAAUUUGUGAAUGGAGAUGGGAUUGGCCUUGCAAGGAAAAAACAUAAGAAGCUUGGUUUGGCAGGUAGGCACUUAUCUAAUGGUAUGUUUCCUUCACAUCAAUGUCAAGGGAAGGGCGAUAAAGAAAAUCUGGCACCAAUUUCUAUCUUUUCCCAUGCCUACUGUAGCAAAUAUCAUUCAUCAUCCCCUAGUUUGUCAGUGAUAUCAGAUAGAGUUCUUUGUCAAGAUGGGAACACAGGUGAAAAGGAUACCAUAUCUUUAGAGCAAAGACAUUCUUUUAAACCGCUUAUUCAAUUAAGCAAUAGCCGAACUGUCAACUCUCAGCCUGCAAUGGAAUCUUUAAACCCAUCUAUGAUUCCAAAUGCACAACAUCCUGGCUACUUUGACAAAGAGCUGCAAACUAAGCAAGAUUGUUUGAGAAGUGUUGAUGUUGGGGUCAAAAAACCGGAAGCAUCAUCCCAAUUUGAUACGGAUGAAGUGAUCGUUUUGGACAGUGAAGAUAGUGAUGGAGAUGAGUCCAUAUCCACAAAGUCAAAGAUUUCACUUAGACGCAGGCGGUGUCUUGGGAAGUUAAAACGAUGAAUAUCGUUGGAUUGUACCUAUUUCAUUGUUGUAUAAAGAAUUUAUCAUGGAUAGUUGGAUACCGUUGGAGGGUACCUAUCUCAUUGUUGAUAUAUAAAGGAUUUGUCAAGGUCUCUUCAUGAUUUCUAUAAAUAUUAUCUGACACUGGAUGCAUUUCAAAUUACUCAAUGCUUCUAACUGUAACAUACUGUCAGUAGAUGACUGCCAACCAACUGCUUCACUUGCUUUUCUUAAAAAUUUCCUGUAGUGGUUUUAUGCGAC